ACUCUCCAACUCGCUCCUCGGGAGUACGACAAGUUUGCCUAAAAAAAAAGAAAAAAAACAAUCCUUUUGGGAAUUUCUCUGGCGACCAUGGGACAGUGGAGACCCACGUCCUCACAGUACGGGAAUGCCGACGCCACCAGAGCGUAAGCCGCUCGGCUCGGGAAUUUAAGAGAACAUAAGUUUGCUGGACGAGCACACUCGGGGGAGCCUCAGGUUCCCUGAAGAGAUGCCAAAAAUGGGUUCCAUCCCGGGCAGCUCUCUGCUCCGCCUGUGGGUGGUCCUGCUGACGGUGGCCGGAUGCGAGGGAGGCUUGGACCAGGACAAGAACAGCUCUCCGCUGAGGUUCACCCACCACCUCUACAACGCCACCAUCCACGAGAACUCGGCUCCCAGGACGUACGCGCAGAGCCCCGUCCGCAUGGGCAUCGUGGUGGCCGACCCCUUCUGGGACAUCAGGUACAGUCUCGUCGCGGGCGACGACGACGAACUCUUCGCGGCGGAGGAGGUCAGCGUGGGAGACUUCUGCUUCCUGCGGAUCAAAACGCGGGGCGGUCACUCGGCCGUGCUGAACCGGGAGGUGCGGGACGUCUACACGGUCACCGUGGAGGCCGUCGAGAGCACGCACAACUACCAGGCCUGGACCAAGGUUUCGGUCCAAGUCCUCGACACCAACGACCUCAAGCCGCUCUUCUACCCCGCGUCGUACAACGUGGCGAUCAAGGAAGACGCGCCGCUGAAGACGAGCAUCGCUAAAGUUAGCGCGACCGACGCAGACCUCGGCAUCAACGCGGAGUUCUAUUACUCCUUCUCCACCAGGAACCAUCCGUUCGCAGUCGAUCCUUUCACAGGGGUCGUUACGCUUGUCAAGAAGCUGGACGCCAGUAGGACAGACAGGUACGAGUUGAAGGUGCUGGCCGAGGAUAGAACAAAGAAAAUCUCUGGAGUGCAGAAGUACGCCAAUGAUGCACGGGUGAUUGUAACGGUGAAGAAGGUCACAGCUAGUUUUCCAGUGGUCACCCCCAUCUCAGUCAAGGGACCAGAAGUGGACGAUGACAAAAUCACCAUUGACAUUCAGGUCAAGCCUGAGCCCCGUCAGAUUGAGACCUUGAGCAUUGUUUCAGGAGACCCCCAACAGUGUUUCCGGAUUAUUCCAUCCAACGUACAAGGGAGUGACUUCCAAGUUGUAUCAACCAAAAGAAUUAACUGGUCGGAAAACACAUUUGGACUGAAUUUAACUCUUCAAGCAAAGGACAGGAACAAUCCUCCUCUGUUAAGUCCAAAACAGGAAAUACAUAUUCCCUCACCACAAGUCAUGCCAUUGAAAUUUGAACAGGACGUCUAUUAUACAACCCUCAGUGAAUUUGCGCCAGUUAAAAGUCAUGUAGUUAGAGUUACAGCAAACCAAAUAGUUCCAAAUAUUACAUAUCACUUGAAAAGUGCUUCGGACAGUCGUAAAUUCCACAUGAAUGCCAAAACUGGUGUUAUCGUGACAUCAGAGACGCUUGACUUUGAGAAAAAGUCUCGGCAUGAGUUAAUCGUGACCUUCAAUCAAGGUCAGGCUGAGGCUCGAGUCAUUAUUGAUGUCACUGACGAAAAUGACAACGUGCCUAUUUUCACCCUUCCGUCUUAUCAGGCCAGUCUCCCCGAAAACGUCCCCAUAGGAACCAGUGUCUUGUCCAUCACCGCGAUAGACGUCGACCAGGACAACAACGGGUUUGUGACCUACGCCAUCGCCAACACCGGCCCGCUUCCGUUCGCCAUUGAUCCGUUCACCGGCACGAUAGUCACCACGGAGGAGCUGGAUUACGAGGUGAUGAAGCGCUGGUAUCACCUCCGCGUCUGGGCCGCCGACAGCGGCAGGCCCUUCAGUCACGUGAGCGAGGCCGAGGUCACCGUCACCAUGAGCAACAUCAACGACAACGCGCCUCUGUUCGAGGUGGUCAACUGCAACGCCUCCAUCCCCCUGGACCUCGCGGUCGGGAGCAGCAUCGGGGAGGGCCUGUCCGCUGUCGACCUGGACGAGCUGCUCCAGGUCAAGUACGCCAUCGCGUUUGGCAACGAUGACAAUCUGUUUGAAAUUAACCCCACCACUGGGGUCAUUAGUCUGGCCAAGGCCAUUCCUGUGGAGGAGGAGGAGGAGGAGGAGGAGGGCAAAACGCUGUCAUACACGCUGAAAAUUAUUGCAACCGACGGCAAGUACAGCUCUGACCCGACCGCAGUCACUGUCAGCAUAACGAGCAAAGUCAAAGAGGCUGCUAUGCAUUGCCAGGAAACUGGAGUUUUCAAACGGCUGACAGAUAAGCUAAUUGAAUCUAUCAGGCCUGUGCUCUCCGCACAAGAAGACGAGUCGUUCUCAGAUGUCCACAUCAUCAACCGUCACUCUCCAAAGUUUGCUCCAGGCACUCCAAGCACCAUUGAUGUCAGGGAGGACACUCAAAUCAACACGACUGUCCUUCACAUCAAGGCCACGGACAACGACACAGGCUUUAACGGUGAGCUUGUCUACGCCGUCCCAAAUGGAAAUGAGAACGGGUGCUUUGCCGUGGAUAUCCACUCUGGAGAGCUGCGUCUAAUUUGUCCACUAGACAGAGAGACCAAGGAGUUUUACAUUCUGAAUAUAACCGUCUAUGACCUUGGCACACCACAGAACUCAGUGUGGAAGUUUCUGGCCGUGAAUAUUCUAGACGUCAACGACAACCCGCCACGGUUUGAGCAGCCCAGAUACAUCGUAAACAUUCCGGAAAAUGCUGAAGUCGACUCAAGUAUCUUUAAAGUACAGGCCGUAGAUUUUGACUUGGCUGACAAUGGAAUCGUUAGGUAUUCUCUGUUGACACAAACAGAUUUAUUUAAGAUUAAUGAGGAGACUGGCGAGGUCAGUGUCUCCGGGCGACUGGACAGAGAGAUCAUGCCCAGGCAUGACCUGAGGGUGGAGGCUAAGGAUCAGGCCAAAGAGGACCCUCAGCUCUUCUCAUUGAUGGAUUUUGUGGUGGUGUUGGAAGACGUGAAUGAUAAUCCUCCCAGAUUUGCUCCCAAAGUCUACAGGAUUAAGGUCCCCGAAGACGUGCCUGUGGGAACAGUGCUCUUGUGGGUCGAGAUCCUUGACCUGGACUCAGGGCCUGGAGGUCUAAUCAGCUAUAACCUGAAGAACAAUGAGAACGGGAACUUCUUCCUGGAUACGGCCACAGGCUCCGUGACAUUGGAGAAGGAGCUGGACUUUGAGAGGAAGCAGUUGUAUAACCUCACCGUCCGGGCGGUCGACCACGGCCUGCCCCGAUCGCUCUCCUCCUCCUGUUUCAUCGAGGUGGAGGUCCUGGACGUCAACGAAAACCUGAACAGGCCGGCCUUCACAGAGUUUGUGUACACGGCACACGUGAUGGAGGACGCCGUGGCGGGAACGUCCGUUCUGACUGUGACAGCCGCUGACAAGGAUGUAGGCAGAGAUGGAGUCGUCAGAUACUUCAUCCAUGACGGCUCGGGCCUGGGAGUCUUCACUGUCGACGAGGAGACAGGUGUAAUUCGGACUGUGGACACGCUGGACAGAGAGACAGUCACCCACUACUGGCUGACCGUCUACGCCACAGACUUGGGCACUGUCCCGCUGAUGUCCUGGACCGAGGUCUAUCUGGAGGUUUUGGACAUUAACGACAACCCUCCCGAGCUGUCCCAGGCCAUCUACUUCGCGUCAGUCCAGGAAAACCAGCCUCCGGACCUGUCUGUGCUCCAGGUGUCUGCCACCGACGUGGACAAGUCCUCUGAGAACAAACUGGUCUACCAGAUCCUAGAGUCCCAGCGCACAUACUUUGCCAUUAACUCUACAACAGGUGUGAUCACUACCCUCUCCCCGUUGGACCGUGAACAAAAAGCCGAACAUAUUAUUGAGGUGAUCGUGUCAGAUAGUGGCAGUCCGCCCCUGCGCUCCACGGCCUCUGUGGUGAUCCGGGUGGAGGACGAGAACGACAACAGCCCCCUUUUCAGCCACAAGAUCUUUCAGGUCCGGCUGCCGCAGCGUCGCGGCAACGACGGGCCGCAGGAAGUGUACCGGAUGGUUGCCCGCGACAAUGACGAGGGCCCCAAUGGCAUGAUCACCUACAGUCUCCAAGACAACCAAAAGGGCCGGUUCGAGAUUCACCCAAUUACUGGAAUAGUGUCCUCCAGAGGGGACUUCUCUCAAGGCAACUACACCAUCCUCACGAUCAAAGCCAGUGACCACGGGAUUCCCGUGAGGACUUCCGCGGCCCGCCUGGACAUUGAAUGGCUGGCCUUCCCCAGCCCCAGCUCCGAACCGCUGGCCUUCGACGAGGCCCACUUCACCUUCGCCGUCAUGGAAACGGACCCUGUGUCGCACAUGGUCGGGAUCAUAAGCACGGAGAUCACAUCCAAUCUGCUCUGGUUUGACAUCAUCGGGGGCGACGACGAUCAGGACUUUGACAUCGAUACGAACGCGGGCAGCAUCGUGGUCGCGCGGCCCCUGGACGCGGGGAAGAGGUCCAACUACAAUCUGACCGUGAGCGUGACCGACGGCGCGCAGACCAUCACGACCCAGGCUUACAUUCGCGUGGUGGACAUGAACGAGCACCGUCCGCUCUUCCAGAAGGUUCUGUACGAGGUGCGGGUCCCCGAGGACACGGCGCCCUGGAAGGAGAUCCUGCAGGUGAGCGCGACGGACGCCGACGUCAACAGCCGCCUCCUCUACUCCGUCCACAGCAGCGUGCACCCCGACAGCGCACGCCACUUCCAGCUGGACCCUCGGAGCGGAGUGCUGGUCAUGACCGAGCAGCUGGACUUCGAGGCGCUGCCCCUGCACAUACUCACCAUUGUGGUUCGAGAUCAGGAGAUCCCGCCGAAAAGAAACUUUGUCAGAGCCUUGAUCCACGUCGAGGACUGCAACGACCACACCCCGACCUUCACGAGUUCUCGUUACGAAGGCAGCGUAGCUAAUCUGGCUCCUACGGGCACUGAAGUUCUGCGAGUGAAGGCGCUGGAUAAAGACACUGGAAGCAAUGCUGAGAUAGUCUACUCUUUUCAUUCAGGAAAUGGUGACGGGGCCUUUGACAUCGACCAGCACACGGGAGCCAUAAGCGUGGCCAAGUCGUUAGCCACCAUGCUGCAGGAGCAGUACCACCUCACCGUCAAAGCCACCGACCAGGGCUUCCCCCAGCGCAGUGACCUCUGCCCCGCCACCGUCCACAUUAGCCUCUCUGACCUCACCCCGCCCCGGUUCCUCUCGGAGGAGUACUUCACCGAGAUCAGCGAGUCCAGUCUGCCCGGUUCCCCCGUGCUCUCGGUCUCCGCUCAGAGCCCCCUGGCCCUCCAGUACAGCAUCCGCGACGGCGACCGCAACGGAACGUUCCACAUCAACUCCUACUCGGGCCUCAUCUCCGUCCAGACGUGGCUGGACUACGAGACGUGCCCCUCGUACCGCCUCCAGGUGCGCGCCACCACGCCCGUGGGGACCUCGUCCGACGCGAUCGUGCACCUGUACGUCGUGGACGAGAACGACAACCCGCCGGCGUUCCUGCACAGGAGUUACCGCGGACAGAUCAGCGAGGCCGCUCACAUCAACGCCAUGGUCAUCGGGGAGAACAACUCCCCUCUGGUGAUCAAGGCCAGCGACGCUGACAAGGAGUCCAACGCCCUGCUCGUUUUCCAGGUCCUGGAGCCUGAGGCCAAGAAAGUGUUCCGAGUGGACCCCAACAUGGGGACGAUCUCUCUCAUAUCCCCCAUUGACUACGAGUCCACUCCGGUGUAUCACCUAACGAUCCAAGUCAGAGACUCGGGCGAGCCCUCGCUAUUGGCAGAGACACCAGCCAAGGUUGUCAUCCACGUCCUUGACUAUAAUGACUGUCCUCCCAAAUUCACAGCCCCCUCGUAUAACUCCUCCGUUGAAUUUCCUCUCUUCAAAGACAUGGAAGUCGUCCAAGUAACGGCCCACGAUGCGGAUUCCGAGGUGACGUAUAGUUUGAUUGACGGCAGCUCCGAGAAGAACUUUGCCAUUCAUCCCACAUCCGGUGUGAUCACUAUUAGUGAUGCGUCCGGCAUCCAAACUCACAAUCAGCUGAAAGUCAUGGCCUCUGAUGGCCUGUACAAAGACACAGCCACCGUCCAAGUACACGUCGCCAACAUGACCGCGUCCAGUCUGAAAUUCGAGGAGCGGAUCCAGGUGGACACCGUUUUGGAAAACGUGACGUUUGUGAAAACGUUGGCUGUGCUCAGAGCGGCCGGCGGCUACCUGAACGAGCCGGUCGCCUACAAAGUGCUCAACGGUGGGGACAAGUUCGCCAUCAUCGAGUCCUCCGGAGUUCUGCACACCACAGGUGUCCCCUUUGACCGGGAGGAGCAGGACGAGUACGACCUGGUGGUAGAGGUGAGGGACACGAGAACGCCACCACGCCGAGCCAUCACCCAAGUUAAGGUUUACAUCGAUGACAUCAAUGACAACGUGCCCGUUUUCUCAAAUCUGCCCCAUUCGUUGACCAUCUCGGAGGAGACGGAACCUGGCGAUGUCCUGUUCCAGGUGAUGGCCAGCGACGCAGACGUGGGCGAGAACGGGUCGGUCAUUUUCAUGCUCGAAGAUGACUUUGAGCUCUUCAGGAUCGACCCUUAUCUCGGAGACGUGUCACUUCAGCGGCCCCUGGACUUUGAGUCUCUGAAUAAAUACGUUCUCACCGUCUUGGCGUCCGACGAGGGAGAGCCGAGUUACAGCGCCGUGGCAGAACUGUACGUUCAAGUGAGGAACCGCUCUCAUCCUGUGUUCCAGAGCCUGUUCUACCCGCUGAAACUGCCAGAAAACAUUUCCCCCUUCACCACGAUCUUGCACGUUCAGGCGCGCAACCCGGAGGGCUAUCGCCUCAUCUACAACCUGGAGGAGGAGAACGUCACCAACAAAUUCCACGUGGACUUCAAAACGGGAGUGCUCAGCGUCACCGAUUUCCUGGACUACGAGAUGCAAGCCAUGUACCUGCUCACGGUGCGAGCGACAGACUCCGUCAUGGGCACGUUCGCCGAGGCCAGAGUGGAAGUCGAGGUGGAGGACGUGAACGACAACUCCCCCGUGUUUCAGAAGCACACGUACGAAGCACGCGUGCUGGAGGGGCUGCCCGCGGGCACCUCCGUGGCACAGAUCACCGCCACGGAUGCCGACUCUGGGUCGAAUCGGGAGAUCACCUACGAGUUGCUGGGCACGGGCAAAAACGAGACCGAGUUCUUUGAGAUUGACCCGCAGAGUGGCUUCCUGACGACGUCGCAGGAGCUGGACUUUGAGACCACUCAGCACUUCCUGCUGAAGGUCAGAGCGACAGAUGGUGGCUCCCCGUCACUCAGCAGCGAGGCCUACAUCCUGGUCAACGUGACCGACGUCAACGACAACCCGCCCGACUUCACCAAGACCCACUACAGCGCCUCUCUGGACGAAAUGGCCACCUGCGGGCACAUAGUGGUCAAAAUUCAGGCCUCGGAUCCCGACAGCACAGACCUACAGUACAAGAUUCUCUCAGGGAACGAGAACCGGUACUUUUCCAUCAACGAAUCAUCGGGCGUCAUCUCUUUUUCAAACGUCUGCAAGAGAAACUUGGACCCUUUUUACAACCUCACGGUGGCCGUGUCGGACGGCGUGUUUCAAAAGACGGCGCCGGUCAACAUCGACAUGAUUAACAACAACAGGCACAACCCUUAUUUCAGCCAGAGCAUAUACGAGGCCGAGCUCGCCGAAAACGCUGAGCCGGGCACCCGUGUCAUCCGUCUGGCGGCGAUCGAUCCGGACGACGGUCCCUACGGCAGCGUCGACUACACGAUUAUCAACAAGCUCGCCGACGAGACGUUCUCCAUAGACCGGGAGGGACAAAUCAUGACCUCUCAGCCGCUGGACAGAGAAAACCCGUUACAGAGAGUGAUCGCCAUCAAGGUGAUGGCCAAAGACGGGGGAGGAAGGGUGGCCUUUUGCACAGUGAAGAUCAUCCUGACGGACGAGAACGACAAUCCUCCGCAGUUUAAAGCUUCGGAAUACCAGGUGUCCAUUCAGUCCACGGUCAAUAAAGGGGCCCCGGUCAUCCAGAUCAUGGCUUACGACGCGGACGACGGCAAGAACGCCGACGUCACCUACGCGAUCGACGAGGCGGGGGAGGUGACGGAGGACGUGAUCGAGAUCAAUCCCUUCACCGGCGUCGUCAGCGUCAAGGAGAGCCUGGUCGACAUGGAGAACAAGAUCUUCAACUUCAAGGUGAAGGCGCGAGACAGCAGCGUGCCGUUCUACAACACCACGGUGCCCGUGCAGGUGAAGGUGGUGUCGCCCGAGGUGCCCUUGCCCCAGUUCACCGAGCCGCUGUACACCUUCACCGCGGCCGAGGACCUACCCCUGGGCACAGAGGUGGGCACAGUUCGUGCCGACGGCGACAUGCCCCUCAUCUACAGCCUGGUGGAGGGCAACACCGUCGAGAGCAACAAGGACCAGGUGUUCGCCGUGGACGAGGAGAGCGGCACGCUGGUGGUCCAGAAGAGCAUCGACCACGAGCGCACCAAGUGGUACCAGAUCGACGUCAUGGCACAGGGCAACCACAACGGCACCGACGUGGCCUCCCUGGUGUCCGUCAGCAUCCAAGUCCAGGACGUGAACGACAACGAGCCGUCGUUCGAGGCGGACCCGUACCAGGCCUUCCUGGCGGAGAACAUGCCGGUGGGCACCACGGUCAUCCAGGUGACGGCCAACGACCCGGACACGGGCGACAACGGGCAGGUGACGUACCGCGUGGAGCCGGAGGACGUGGGCGACGUCUUCUCCAUCGACGGCGACAGCGGCUGGAUCACCACGCUCAAGGAGAUGGACUGCGAGAGCACGCAGAUGUACCGCUUCUACGUGGUGGCCACCGACCACGGAGGCAAGGUCAAGCUCUCCUCCUCGGCCCUGGUGGAGGUGAUGAUCACGGACGACAACGACAACCCGCCCCGGUUCACCGAGGAGCUGUACCAGGGCUCCGUCAUGGAGAGCAGCCGGCCGGGAGAAGUCAUCGCAACCCUGUCCACCUCAGAUCUGGACAUCACGGCAGAGAACCGCCAGGUCACAUGUUAUAUAACAGAUGGAGACCCACCGGGUCUGUUCUCCGUGGAGGCUGACGGCGAGGAGUGGAGAGUUGUGCUCAAAGGCGCUCUGGACAGGGAAGCCCAAGACAAGCACAGCCUGCGGGUCGUCGCCACGGACGGGCGAUCUCAGGACACCGCCACCGUGGACGUCCACGUGCUGGACAUCAACGACAACAGUCCUUUGUGCGAGCAGUUGCUCUACACCGAAGCGGUUAUGGAGAACACCCAGUCCGGCCGUUUCAUUCUGAAGGUGUCGGCGUCUGACCCUGACAUCGGCACCAACGGACUGGUCUCCUUCACCCUUCAUGGCCACAAUGCUGACAAGUUCCACCUGAACCAGAGGACAGGGGAGCUGUUCACGAUGGCGGCGCUGGACCGUGAGCAGGAGUCGGAGUACGACCUGGUGGUGAAGGCGACGGACGGCGGCGGGCGCUCCUGCCAGGCGGACGUGGUGCUCAUGGUGCAGGACAUCAACGACAACCCGCCGCGCUUCUCCACCGCCCACUACGAGAUCAGCGUGUUCGACAACACCACCGUCAGGACGCCCGUCGCCGUCAUGUACGCCCGGGACCCCGAUACAGGCAUAAACUCGGAGGUGAGGUACUCUCUCCUGGGGCCGGACAGCAGCUUCUUCUCGCUGGACGAAAUCUCCGGCGUCCUUCGCCUGGAGAGACCGCUGACGGACGAGAGUCAGUCGACCUUCGAGCUGAAGGUCAAGGCCACCGACCGCGGCCUGCCCCGCCACCUGUCCUCGUUCGCCACGGUAACGGUCAACAAGGUGGACCUCAGCGACUACCAGCCCGUGUUCGCCAGCUCAGAGUACAGUACCUCUGUCCCCGAGUCCAUCGUCGUGGGAACGGAGGUGCUCAGCGUGUCCGCGCACACGAGAGACGAAACGGCCGGCGAACCGGUCAAGUACUCCAUCGUCUCCGGGAAUGAAGGUGGACGAUUUCAGAUCAACCCUCAGACAGGUGUGCUGUGGGUGAGCGAGUCUCUGGACUUUGAGCUGUGCCGCGAGUACUUCCUGUCAGUGGAGGGCUCCCGGUCCCGGUCCUCGCUCAGCGACGUCACCACGGUGAUCAUCAACAUCACCGACGUCAACGACAACGCGCCGGUCUUUGGCCGCGCCGACUACACCGCCGAGGUCUCGGAGGACGUCGCCCCCGGAGACGUGGUGAUGCAGGUUACGGCCCACGACCUUGAUGGUCCCUUGAACAGCCUGGUGCGCUACUUCAUCGCCAGCGGCGACCCUCAGCAUCAGUUCAGCAUCGAUCCGCACAGCGGGGAGAUCCGGGCGCACACCACACUGGACCGCGAGGAGGUGCCCCACUACUCUCUCACAGUGGUGGCGUCGGAUGACGGGGACCCUCCUCUGUCCUCUGCCGUCCAGGUGACGGUGACUGUGGAGGAUGAAAAUGACAAUCCACCUGUGUUCUCUCAGGUCAACUACAGCCUCACACUACAGGAAGGGGAGCCAACGGGCAGCAGUGUGCUGCAGCUGGUGGUCACGGAUAAGGACACGCCCAAGAACGGACCGCCCUUCUCCUUCCACAUCGUGUCCGGUAACGAGGACCGGCGCUUCCAUGUGGACCAGGGCGGCCUGCUGUCGCUGGCCGGACCCCUGAAGAGCAAGACCAAGGCCCACCACCUGCUCAAAGUGCAGGUGACGGACAGCGGUCACCCCCCUCUGUCCUCCAUCUGCGUGGUGAAGCUCAACGUGACGGAGCAGAGCCGCUACCCUCCGGUGGUGUCCCCUCUGGAGGUCUACAUCACCACCACCCCCGGGGCGCCCUUCUCCGCCCGCGUCCUCGGCAAGCUCCACGCCUCCGACCAGGACCCCCACGACGUCCUGACCUUCCAGCUGGUGUCCGAGUCGCCGCCCGUGCCCGCCGGCGACCUCCCCCGCUUCUCCGUGGACCGGCUGGACGGCCGCGUGGUGGCCGAGCGGGACCUGGCGCCCGGCGCCUACGCGCUCAACGUCAGCGUGUCCGACGGCACCUUCGCCGCCGCGGCCGCCGUGCGCGUGCACGUGUGGGCGGCCGGCCAGCGCGCGCUGGACCGCGGCUUCGGCCUCCGCCUCGCCGGGCUCUCGCCCGAGGACUUCCUGGGCGACCACUGGAGGGCGCUCCAGAGGAGCCUGGGCGCCGCGCUGGGCCUCCCCCGCCACGAGCUGCACAUCGCCAGCCUGCAGCAGCAGCCCUCCGGCGCCAACCCGGCGCUGGACGUGCUGCUCCUGUGGCGGCCUCAAGGGGGCGCCGGAGGGCACCGCGGUGGUGCGGGCGGUGCGGGCGAAGGGGCGGUGCUGCCGAGGCAGCGUCUGCCGGGCGCGGUGGCCAAUGCUGAGGAGGCGCUGGGCCUGAGCGUGCUGCGGCUGCACCACGACGGGUGCACGGACCCCUGGUGCCCGCCCCGCGGCUGCCGCAGCUCGGUGGUCAUGAGCGAGGAGCGGGUCAGCCACUACGCCACCGCCAGGAUGGGCUUCAUCACGCCGCAGCACCGCUGGGAGAGCGUCUGCUCCUGCAACGACUCUGCGAUUCAGUUUGACGGCCACGGCUACCUGAAGUACCUCUAUCGAGCCGACGAGCAGGUGCAACACGUCCACCUGUCGCUCCGAAUCAAGACGUUCCAGAAAGAAGCCGUCAUCAUGGCCACCAAUGGAACGGACUGGGGAACCCUAAAGCUCAAGGAUGGAGAGCUGCAGUUCCAGUACAGCUGUGGCAACCAGCUCCCCGAGACCCUCCGCGUCCCCGGGCACCGCGUGUCCGACGGCCGCUGGCACCGCGUCCGCCUGGAGGUCAACGGCACGUCCCUGAGCCUGGAGGUCGGCGGGCACGGGCACGGGCACGGACACGGGCACGGGCACGGCUCGCCCGCUCGCGCCACGCUGGCGGAGCCGUGCCGGCUGGUGCGUCCGCGCGGCGCCCUGCUCUUUGCCACCGGCGCCACCUCUGCCGCCACGUCCCAGCUGGAGCAGCUGCGCGAGGGGACGCCGUCCUCGUCAUCGUCGUCGUCCUCGUCCUCGUCGUCGCUGAUGGCACCGCCACCCGGGGGCCUCCGGGGCUGCCUGGAGGGCGUGGAGGUCAACGGGCGGCCCGUGAGCACGGCGGCCGAGGCCCUGCUGGAGCGCGGCGGCGGGUCGCACGGCCCCCCCGGGGGCAGCCGCGUGUUCGGAAUCUUCCAGUGCUGCACGGCGGCGGAGGAGGAGGAGGAAGGGGGGAGGGGCUGCGCCAGCCAGCCCUGCCAGAACGGAGGCACCUGCAACGAGGACGAGAACAGAGACGUGCGCUGCAGCUGUCCCGACCCCUUCUUUGGCGCGAGUUGUGAGCGGGCCGACAACCCCUGUGCCUCCCAUCCCUGCAUCAACGGCGAAGUGUGUGUGCCAAAGCCGGAGGGUUACUUCUGCAACUGCACUCAACACAGCGAGGGGAGCAGCUGUCAGAACCUGGUGGACCCGUGCUCUCCCAACCCCUGCUCCACGGGCUACGACUGCAAGCGCGCCGACCGCUCCUUCCACUGCGACCCGCUGCCGCAGGUGUCCCGCGGCAUCACCUACCUGGAGGUGGCGGAGAUCGUGGCGGGCGUGGUGGCCCUGCUCCUCCUGGUGGCCGCCUUCGUCUACGCCCGCAAGCGCUACGUGCGCCAGCGCAAGCACAAGCACAAGCCCGUGUGCGUGCAGGACUCCAACGGCUACUUCCCCGCGCACCUCACCAAGAGCAUGAUGCUGGCGGCGGGUACCACGACGCGCGGGCACCACGACGACGACUCGCCGCCCAUGGAGAUGAGCACGCUGAUCGGGUCACGACCCGGCGCCGACCUCCUGGACCACAACACGCCCUUCCGCACGCUCAAGCAGCACGGGCACGGGCAGUGCCCGCGGGGCACCCUGCUCCUCGGCGCCAAGCCGCCCGCGCCGGUGGUGUGCAGCGUGGCGCCCAACCUCCCGCAGCCCGCCGCCCCGCCCUCCACCUCCGACAACGAGUCCAUCGUCAAGAGCAACUGGGAGAUGGACUACGAAGUCUAUCCAGCCGACCCAGAUUACUACGGGCGUCCGGCGGUCCAGGAGUUCCCCCAGUUCGACAUCGUGGAGAGCACCUACCCGGCGUCCUCGUCCGGCGACUCCCGCCGCAACUCGCGCUUCGGCGGCUUCCCGUUCCCGCUGGAGCGCGUCGGCGGCGGCAUCGCCGGCAUCGGCGGCGGCGGCGGCUCGGACCGCCGCGCGCCCCUCCCGCCGUGCUACAGCCACCAGAACCUGGACGACUUCCUGGGCCCCGACGGCCAGCCGCUGCCCAGCGCCCAGUGCCCCAACGAGUACACGGCGGUCAGCUACUACCCCUCGCAGCACGCCCGCAGCGUGGACAACGUGUCGGGCGGCGGCGGCGUCGGCGUCGGGGGCAGCGCCUACCAGCGGCUCAGCAUGCGCCUCAGCGUGGCGCAGCCGUCCUACGCCUCCGACGGGCGCACGCCCCCGCGCUCGCCCCGCCAGCGCUCGCACUCGCGCCAGGCCGCCCCCCAGCAGCCGCCCCGCAACCCGCGCAGCGCCGGCCGCCGGAGCUACGCCGGCUCGGACAUGGUGGAGAGCGACUACGGCAGCUGCGAGGAGGUCAUGUUCUGAAGGACGUCGCACAGGGGUCACUAAAGACGUGACGUUUAGAGAGAGAGAGAGAGGUCCUUUUGUCCGAACCCUUUUUGCGUCCAGAACGGACUCUUUCGUGGGCUGCAUAGCACGCCAGUAAUGUAUUAAGUGUGUCCGCUACUUUUGAAACUCCAGUUCCAUCGUCAUCUCUAAAUCCCUGGUGGAAGCUCGGCUCACUGUCCCACGAGCUGCACAGUUUCCAGGAACUGCUCAAAAGUCUGCCAGCUCCUCGGGGAGUGACGUUAUUAUGUGAUAACACACUUGCCAGGCUGUUGACUGCAGUUUGUUGGUUUUUUGAAUGCUGACUGUGCUAUGAAGGGUCCUAGACUCCUAGAUGGUCUUUUGAUCCAUAAAAAAAAAAGAAAAAUGUCCUGCCGGUUUUGUUUAAACUACCAGUCUGCAUUGCACUGAGUAUCCCAGAGGGAAGCGGCUCUUUGGCGGCUGAGGAACAGGCCUCAAAGCUGGGAUCCCGCUGGGAUUUCCCCGGCAGACACUCUGUCCGAACACUGAACAGUAUUAUUGUUAUUAUCGCAAAGCGUCGCUGUUCGAUUCACAGGCAAAAAGCCGCCUGAGCGGACUGUUUUGGCUGCUCUGCGUGAGCUCAGCAGGAUCGCUCAGAACUGGACAGCUGAGAGUGAGAGUGAGAUCGCAGUGUUUGUGGAAAGUUUGUUUCAUGCCACCCUCUCCAACUGCGCUCCAGAAUCCAUCACUUCACCUCUCUACUCCUCCGCCCCAAUUCCUGGAGUGUUUGCUCCCUCCCUCUCUCUCUCUCUCUUUUUUUUCUUCUGACAGGAUAUCUUUGAGUGCUGUUUACAGUCUCUGCUUGUCCUCCUUUAUUCUCUCUCUCUCUCUCUCUCUCUCUCUCUCGCUCUCUGCUUGCCUCUUUUCCUCUGUUGACACCCCACUGCAGAGCUGUCCAAAAUGGAGGCAAAAAAAAAACAACAGUGUUUUUGAUGAAGACCGAGCAACCACCACAUCCAUCAAGCGUCGCCGUCGAGACCACAGAGACGCAGGGAUUCACCGAGUCGAGAGGGACGAGAGGCUGACGAUCAUCAUCAAACUACCUUUCAGCAGCGUGUGUCACAUUAACUUUCACAGAGCAACAGGAGGGUGUGUGUGUCUGUGUAUCUCCCUGUGAGCUGUUUAAAAAGAAAAAAAAAACAUUUAAAAAAUAAAUAAGUGAAAACGUCCCAUUCCACUAGAAUGCCACACCACACAACCAUUUCCCCCAAUGCUUAAAAAGAGCACUCCACAUCCCGCAACCAUGCAGACCUAUCUGUGCUAAGAUAAGCUAGCUAAGUCGCUAAAUUUCAGUCUGUGAGGGCGGGACCCCCACUAUAAGGGCAGGGAACGUACAGACGGGUCAGUUGAAUUGAAUGUUGUACAUACAGUAUGAUGACGUUAAUGUAAACAUGCUUGCUGUCUGUCUGGUUGGUUGUGAAAGAGAAAUAGCAGUAUAGGGGUGUGUACCAAAUGUGCUUGAAGUAUUCAUUUAAAGAUCUUUGGAGUCUCUUAAGACGUGCACUGAUGUUUGUCCACUCAUAGGGAGGGAAGUCUACUCCACUAAACUUUCGCUGAGCAAAUUCACUUUUUUAAUAUUGCAAGCAAUCAAGUUAGAACGAGGUCAUAUAAAGCCUGAUUAAUGGUCUGUUUGUGCUUGUUCAAAUAAACAGGCCCUAAUAAGACAGGGAGUUCUCGUUCUGCAAAGUAAUAAUCAGGUUGUCUGAGUGCAAAUGUGAGGUGCGAGAGCUGUAGCAGAAUACAGCUAAAUCCCCCUGUGUAUGCUCAACAGCCUAGACCAGCUUAACAAGGUCUGGAAAGAAGCACCUUGAGAUGUAUGGCUGUUAUGUUAGUCUCAAGACAGCUCUGAGAAAUUGGCCCUUGUGUCUGAUAGAUUUGCUCUAUACAGAUUCCAUUACUUCUCAGCGUUUGAGGCCAUAGCAUUUGUUUCAUACUUUAAAUUCCAUAUUGUUUACAUUGGAAGUUGUGAGUGAUUGUGAAUUUCCUCUUUGAUGUGUUACAUUUCAACGAUGUGCUUUGUGUGAUUAGUGAUCGUACGGUGAGCUAUUUGCAUGCACUGUUUCAAGUGAACAACCCCCCCGUCCUCCCCCUUUUUCUAAUUCUAACUUCAAUGAUAUAGGGGCCAUUGAGCUGACACUGAAUCUGGCAACAAAGUGUUUGGAUUCCACAACUGUCCCUGCUGUAUACAAUCAUGGCUUGUGUACAGCGGUAGAAACGUUGAAGUGUUAAUCAUGUCAAUCAUGUGUAAUGGGCAGCUCGUGAUGGCUGGUGUGUGUGUGUGUGUGUGUGUGUGUGUGUGUGUGUGUGUGUGUGUGUGUGUGUGUGUGUGUGUGUGUGUGUGUGUGUGUGUGUGUGUGUGUGUGUGUGUGUGUGUGUGUGUGUGUGUGUGUGUGUGUGUGUGUGUGUGUUUGUCCUCUGUAGUGUGGAGAGUCAUGUCCUGUAUGGGUGUAUUAUGUGUACGCGCUUAAAAAUGUGCCAGUCCAGUGAAUUCAAGAGAAUGUAUAAAAUAUACAUAUGCAAAGACUAUAUAAAUAAAUAUAUUUGAUUUUGAAAACCAA